GUGCGGUCAGUGGGUGGCGGUGUUUUGCGCCCAAACUGCAGGAAGUUAAAUAACAUCCACAUCACAUCCGUGGACCAGAUCAGCAGCAAAGGUUUCAGGUUAUUCCACCAAAGUUCUGCUACAGUGUGUAGAUGCCAUCAGAAGCUCCAAAGGGGGAGAACUGUCUUGUAGACAUGGACAGCAAGGCUGGAGAUCUGUUCAGUGCUGAGGAUGCUUAUCCAACUGGCACAGGUGGAGCUGGAAUCAUGGGAAAGCUCCGGCUACCCAAAGGCUUCUCAGCUAGUAUGGCUAAAGAGUGGAUUGACAGGCGUCGAUUGUCUAUUCGUCCUUGGGCCAGCUUCGUGGACCAACGCAAGUUUUCAAAACCACGCAACUUUGGAGAGAUGUGUCAGAGGGUGGUGAAAAACGUGGAAAUUUACAACAGCAACUAUACCUUCAUCUUCCUGGGCCUCAUCCUCUACUGCAUUAUCAGCUCUCCCAUGCUGCUGAUUGCCUUGGCUGUGUUCGCUGGUGCCUUCUACAUUAUUCACCUCAAGUCCCUGGAGUCUAAACUGGUUGUCCUUGGCAGGGAGCUGACUGUCCCUCACCAGAUGAGUCUGGCUGGAGCUGUUUCUCUACCUGUGUUCUGGUUGGCCGGAGCUGGAGCUGCAGUCUUUUGGGUUCUGGGAGCGACGCUAUUUGUGAUUGGCUCUCAUGCUGCGUUCCGUGAGCUGGAGGGAUCCGACAUGGAAGAGCUCCUCAUGGAGCCUGUGUGAAGAACAGGCUGAACUCUCAGCAGGUGCUGGUCGACGGAGCAGUCACCACUUUGACCCUGUAAUCAUGUUAGCCCAGAGUGCUUGAGGAAAAACUGCUCCUAGAUCUGUUCCUUAGCUAUGUGUACAUCCUGUAUCCUCUGUAUCUUACCUGUGCCAGUGUACCAAGAAAGCACCUUUUCUUGCCUCUGAAGUACUUGUUGUUACAUACAGACUGUAUUGCCUUCUUGGAACUCAUUCAUUCACAUGAAAUGCCAUAUGCUCAAAUAAUUAAUUAAUAUAAUAUUUAAGCACAUUAUCAUACAGGAUAUAGGCCACGCUCUACUUAUGUUAUGCCUUGGAUGCCUCUGGUUUGUAUCAAAUAGCCUGUCCCUCCCUGCAACGUCCCUUAUACAUUGACAUAUCUUUCAAUUUAUUAAUCUCUAUCUAUCUGUGCUAUACUCUCUGCUGUAGAUAUCUUCAGAAAUGGCUUCUGUGUUUAAACCAUCUGACAAGAUUGAUGAUUUCUUAUGAUAAUGGAUACAGUAAAUGUUUAUUCAAUCCUACACUGCUACAAUUAUUUUAUUUUUGAAAGAAAAAGUGCAAUUUAAAGCUUUAAAAAUGAUUCAAGAGAAUAUAAGAGGGGUAUUUCAGAUAGGGUACUUAACAUAGAUGAGAAGACAACUUAAAAGGACAGUACAUACUGAGUAAUAGUGUUUUGUAUUGGGGAUAGUAUGGUGUUUUGCUCACUGUAUGCAUAUUUAUCAGGUCUACUUACAACUUUCAGAUGUGAAGGUCAUUCUGUAAACCUGAAAUAUUUCUUUUUUUGAAAUUAAUUAUUCUUUUGUUUACAUUUCCAUGUAAGUUGGGUGUUUUUUAGUAUUUAAAUGACAUUUUGAAAGUGCAAUAAACCCCUAAUGUAAAGAUA